CUAAAGAAAUAUUUGCCGCUUGUGUAAUCUCAUUACGCUAGGAAGACCACUUGUCACGAGUGCUCAUACCUCGGGUCUCCCUUUUUUUGAAUACAUAUAAACGCCCAUAUUCCAUGUAGAAGUUCUUUUACUGAACUGAUAUCGUUUGCUUUUAUUAAUUGGGAUUUACUUUCACUACGGAAUUACAUAGCCGAGAUUUAACUGGUGAAGACAAGGCGAUGGACGCAGCACGUUUUAUUGAGGAAGAUCAUAAUAACCAUCCAACAUCGGCCACAGGAUAUACACCUUUUAAAGGUGGUGAACAAUCAGGUAUCUGUGAUAUCUUCUUGAUUGCGGUAUCUUAUUUGCUUUUUUUCUGCACACUGCCAUUCUCCUUGUUCUACUGUUUCAAGGUUGUACAAGAAUAUGAACGAGCUGUAAUAUUUAGAUUGGGUCGCUUGUCAAAAGGUGGCGCCAGGGGACCUGGUUUGUUUUUUAUCUUACCUUGUACAGACAAUUAUUGCAAAGUAGAUCUGAGGACUGUAUCUUUCAAUGUACCUCCUCAAGAAGUACUUAGUAAAGACUCUGUCACUGUAUCGGUAGACGCUGUUGUUUAUUAUAGAAUCAGUAACGCAACAAUUGCUAUAUCCAAUGUGGCCAACUAUGAUUCGUCAACACAACUGCUGGCGGCGACGACGCUCAGAACUGUCCUCGGCACAAAGAGCCUCUCUGAGAUUUUAUCCGAGAGGGAACACAUUAGUCACGUGAUGCAGGCCAGUUUAGAUGAAGCUACAGCUCCCUGGGGUGUAAAGGUUGAACGUGUUGAAAUCAAAGAUGUUCGAUUACCUCAACAAAUGCAACGAGCUAUGGCUGCUGAAGCCGAGGCAUCAAGAGAAGCAAGGGCUAAAGUGAUUGCUGCCGAAGGUGAGCAAAAAGCUUCGAGAGCCCUCAAGGAAGCAGCCGAUGUCAUCUCAGACUCUCCCGGUGCCCUGCAACUCCGAUACCUGCAGACACUGACAUCUAUCGCUGCAGAAAAGAAUUCUACAGUUGUGUUCCCACUGCCCAUGGAACUUCUCAGAGGAAUGGGAUUGAAAUGAAAUGAAUUAAAGACGUUUACAUAGAUAAGAAGAAAGAACAUUUCUUAUGGGACAUUUUGUACAUUUUGCUUCAUAUUACGCUACAAUUUUUUUUUAAAUAGAAAUUAUUACCAAUUUUAAUAAACUAUUUUUGCGUGAAUCAGAUGACAAUUUAUAAUAUGUUUGUAACGAGAAAAUAAUGUCUCUUAAAAAAAAUUUUUUUUAGACAAAUAUUUUUUUCUUUUCUAAACUAUCGUUUGUAAUUAGAAAUUUGCAUAAAUUGAUUUGCCAUAUAAAUUCAAUAAACAUAAUUUGAAAUUACUAUAAUUGUGAACACAGAAAUGAUCGGUAAGACUAUUUAUAAAAAAAAAAAUUAAAGAAUUACAAUUAAAUAGAAUGAGUAAACGAAAUUGAAAUAGGAAAACAAAAUGAAAUAGAACAAAAGGAAAAUGAAUGCAAUUUAGUGCAAACUCUGUGAAAAAUUGUUUUACAAAACAAAUUAAAUAUCGCGAUAUGGACUGAUAUAUGAUAUACCAUGGCGUAAGGCGAUAUACCAUGGCCAUAUGGCGAUAUACCAUGGUUAUAUCGCCUUAUGAACUGAUAUUAAUCUAUAGUAAAAUUUUUCUAUUUUAUCCACAGUAAAAUUGUUUUGCAUCAUCAGAAAAGACGUAGCCUAUAUUUAGGUAACGCGCUGUUUGACUUGAUUAUCUACGAAAUCAUCAGUAGGUAACAGUGAAGAAAUUUACAAAUGAAUGCCUCAUCAUACUGAUUCCCAUUAUUUUGUUAAUCAAGUUAUCUUUAAUAUUUGUUAAGUUUGUUUUUAAAUGAGAUGCAUCAUUAUUUUUAAUGCCCACCUGAAAUUGUAUAAUUUCUAUCAUAGUUUGUUUCACUAAUUAAUGUUGCAUUGAUUAGAGUAUGAAAGAUAUGUAUAGAUUUAAGUUAGAAUAAUCAAACAUGACUAUACAAGGAAUGAUAUAGAAAGAGAUGGUUUUGGAAUAUAAGUAUUUACUAUUUUAUAUGCUGCCUUUAUAUAUAUGUCAAAAGAUGUGUUAUAUUCUUUAAAGAAAUAAAUCUGCUUUGAACAAA